AUGAUGCUCCCAAACCGUUCAGUAAAUAAUCUAGGUGAUCAAAGAUUUCGAAUGAAUCUCCCGCUCAAUAUUCUAAUCAUAAUAACCAUCAUUUUGUUUGCAUAAACAUCUUUUACGGCCCAAAUCUUGUCCACAUGACACAGCUACACCAACCCUAGCCUCAUAGUAACCUUUCAGUCGUCAGAAUAUGCUUACCACAAUAAAUGGGAAGCUAAAAUCCCCACAAACCCAAGGAAAUGAAGCACUCAAGGGAAGGCAUCAUUACACCAUUAUAUUUCAUAUCUCCAAACCAGAAAUUAUCAAUUAUUAUAUGCAUAUUUAA